AUGGAUGUCCUCGCCCGGCCAGAUACACCAUCUCAUUGGAGUGUCGAGGACAAUACAGCCAGUGACUACCUUCCCCAUCACUCAAAUGCGGAUGGCCUGCCGUCUAUUAUAUCCGCCCCUUUAGCCGCCCAGCAGCAAUAUACUACCGCUGUAUCGCCCUCAAGCCUCGUCCAUAGAAACGAUAAGUUUCGAUCGGAGGUUUUACCCUCAAAACCACGUCAAUCGCCAUCAAAUAAUAAAAAGUCGUCGUCCAACGCCGCCGACGUUGGUUCGGGCGGUGUAUCCAUUGGCCGUGCGUCGCCCCAGCUCGCCAGCCUGUAUCUCACCGAGCCUGUCUGGCCGCUAGGGUCGGCAUCAGAGGCCAUGCUGCUCAGGCAUUUUACUCGCAACCUUGCUCCUUGGAUCGAUCUUUGUGACCCUCUUACUCUCUUUCAGGCUCUUGUCCCGCGACGAGCAGGGACUUGCCCCGUAUUGCUCAAUGCAAUAUUUGCGCUUGCUGCUCGGCAUCUCAGUCACACAAGCGGCUACGACCACUUUGCCGCAAACCGUUAUCACGACAAGUGCCUGAAAUUAUUUGUUCCACUAUUGCAGCAUCGUGCUGUCUUUUCGGACGAGAACCUUUUCGCCGCGACAAUGAUUCUUCAAAUAUUGGAGGAAAUGGAAGUAAGAAACAUGGGUGUCGAUACUAAAAGCUACCUCCUCAGCAUUUACCAGUUUGUUAGCCAUGGCGGUCGCUAUAUUAAACCCCGCAGUCUCUCCGCUGCAGCCUUUUGGGCCGGACUCAGGCAGGAUAUUUACAGCGCCUCUAUGAGCAACCAACCUGUCCGUGUUAAUAUAGAGACCCCCAUCGUCGACAGGUCCUUGGAGCCCACCGACGACGAUGCCGCCUGGGCCAACCGUGCAGUCGCACACUGUGCCGACGUGUUGAACUUUUGUUUCGGUCAAAAUCACGAUGUUUCUCCAAGCCUUGGGUCGACAAGCGGCACAUUCUCAACGACUGAGAGAUGGCGCAGGUUGAGGGAAUGGGGGCGAGCCUGGCAGAUGUUUCUCCCCAAAUCUUUUGUGCCAAUACUGGACAGGAAACGGUCUGAAAAGGAAGCGUUUCCCGAGGUUUGUUACCAAACAUCGUGUCAUAAAAGGCAACUUAUUAACCUCAAGCUUUAUGCGCAAUUUGCAGUUACUGGAGUCCAACAUCAUAUUUUAGCCCAGCUUUUUCUCAUCCGGUUCGACCCAAAGAUCCGUCGAAUAGGAGGACAGGGAGAGUCAGUAAUACGGCGCAUGAAGGUAAAGCCCCAAUACAGUUACACCAUAAACACCGGAUUUUCGUCUUUUAAAUUUCACUCCAAACUGCCCUGGACUUGGCAGUAUACAUUACAGCAUCACAUUCAACACCUGGUCCGCUGUUUAUGUGGAAUUGGAGUUCAUAACGACUGGUCACCACCAGCACUGUUCACUGCUUGCAUCGGGGUAGCGGCUUUCGGUGACCUAUUCGAGAACCGAAAAGAUCAGGAAGCGCUUUUGGACAUACUUUGCCGUACUUCACGAGACCAUGCGUGGCCGACUGAAUCCGUCCAGAAACAAAUGAUGGAAUCGUGGAGAUGGUCUGCAAACGCAAACGCAAACUGA